UACAAAUAGUGCGAGGUGUGAUGGAAGUUGAGAAUCCGACGGAAAAAGGAAGUUUUCCAGCUCACGAGAUUAGGAAGCGUCUCCCCAGCAAGCCGUAUCAGCGGAAGACGGACGUCUACGUGACGAGGAAGUCGAAUUUCACGGGGAAACUCAGACAGUGCGAGAAACUCCUCCGUCUGGAACAUCCUGAGAUCUUCCUGCACGGCAUUGGGAACGCCAUUCCACGGACUAUCAGCUUGGCAUUGCAAAUCCAGGCCAACAAUCCAGAGUUGUACGGUGUGGAGGCUAACACAGGGACUGUGGAGCUCGUGGAUGAUAUCUUGCCUCUCACUGAGGAUGAGGACUUUGACGUGAGACAACGAAAGAACUCCUCUAUCCACAUUCGUGUGUUCCGGAAGGUGGAACCAUCGCAGCUCGUGACGGCACUGAAAUCAAUCGCAAAGGGGCGAGUGUCGUUCUAA